AUGGCAGAGGAGGUGAAGAUUGAGAUCAUUAGCAGAGAAACCAUAAAACCAUCUUCUCCAACUCCGGACCACCUUAAACACUACAAGCUCUCUCUUUUAGAUCAACUUGUCCGUCAAUCUGUUUACAUGUCUAUGCUUCCUGCCGACAAGUCCAAAAGAGCGGCUGUUACCGCUGACAAGUGCGUCACGAGGAGGUACAUGUUCCAGGCGUCAAAGAUUGCCAAUCUGAGGGCCAAAGCCGCCGGUAUUAAUGGCAGCCAGCUGCAGGGGAAACAGCCGAAACGAACCGAAGCUAUUACAGCCCUGAUAUGGAGAUGUGCAAUGAUUGCAUCAAGGCUAAACAAGGGGUUUUCAAUGCACUCUUUAGAGGCAGGUAUGGUAGAGCUUCCAGAUUUGGUGUCUAAAUUCAGAAGAGGAAUUGAAGAGUUUGGUAAGAAAGAAGCAAAAAGGCUUGGAGGAGAUGAUUGGAUGGAAGAGAUUUUCCAAUCAUGGAAAGAGAGAAAAGACAUUUCUAUUAGAGAAGAUACAAAUCUAUAUACAUGCACUAGUUUGUGUGGUUUUGGUUUCUAUGAGACUGAUUUUGGUUGGGGAAAACCAAUAUGGUUGAGCUUAGAUAGUGGAAGUUUUCUCAACAACUUCAUUUUGCUGACAAGCACUAGAGAUGGUGAUGGAGUAGAAGCUUGUGUGACUCUCAGGGAAGAAGAUAUGGUAUUAUUUGAACUUGAUCCUGAGCUUCUUUCAUUUGCUUAUCCUUCAAAUCCUAGUUCUUCGUUAAUGUCUAAAAUUGGUGGUAACCACCUUUCUAGGCUUUAA